AUGCAGUUAGUAAAAGGAAAUGCAUCAAGUGAUGAAGUGACCGGCGAUGCUUACCAUCUUGGAAAUUUGGUUUUGGAUUACUUCAACACACCAGGAGAUCAUAUUGACGCCGGAACUGGCAAAGUUGAGAUGAAAUCAUCGGUGAAGUCCCGUUCACUACAGUUGGCCAGAUGUCUGAGGAACGCGGGUCUAAAGCCUGGCGAUGUGGUUGCGGUGUCGGGGGUUAACCACCUUAACGCACACAUUCCUUUUUACGCUGGAUACUUAAACGGACUGCCAAUAACUGGAAUUGACCCUUUCUACUUAUAUGAGGAGGUAAAGGUAGUGUUAAAGAUAACAAAGCCAAAACUGGCUUUUUGCGAAGCUUCUAGCUUGGUUGACUACGAGAGGGCAGCUAGGGACCUCGGGUUGGAUACUAGGAUAGUGACAUUUGGGGACGGCGACCAAUCUUACGCAAAUUUUAGUCGUUUCAGAGUGGCGAAGUUCGACACUCACAAGGUGUACGCGUGGCUCGUCAGCACGAGUGGCACCACCGGCUUGCCCAAGGUCGCGGCCAUCAAGCACUCUGAAGUUAUCAAGGUCGUGAAAUUAGGCUCACUUAUAAAAGGAAAAGAAAUGGUUCCUGUGUUGAACCCGUCAAGCGUACACUGGGUAUCGUCUUACGUAGCCACACUGUGUCACAUCUCUAGCAACCAAUACAACGUGCAAACAUCGUCACCUCAAACCGUCGAACAUAUGAUUGACAUUAUUAACAAAUACAAGCCUACGAUGGUCUGUUCAAGCCCACUGCUAUUCGUCAACAUUAUGAGACACGAGAAAUACUGCGACCUUACGUGCUUCAAGAAAAUCGUUAUCACCGGGUUCACUAUGAACCCUGAAAUUGUUAAGCAGCUGAAGGCAAGGUUGGAAGGCAAGGUGGGACCUGAAGGCGUCGUAUGGAACCUUAUGGGGCAGACCGAGUGUGUGGGUUCUAUUCUGAUGCCAGCGCCCGACGGCCCCCCGGGCAAUUGUGGCUUUGAGCUGCCGUCGGUGGUACCAGUACAAUUGGUGGAUCUGAAAACUGGCGAAGUUAUCACUGAACCAAAUAGGACGGGAGAACUGUGGACCAAGGGUCCAAGGUUUACGGAAUACUAUAAUAACCCAGAAGCUACGGCGGCCGCGUUUUCUCCCGAUGGCUGGUACAAAACCGGGGAUCUGCUGUACAGGGACGAAAACGGAUUCUUCUUCUUCAUAGAGCGCAUGACCAGCUCGUUCAGAUAUCGCAACUAUUUCGUCACGCCCUUAGAGCUGGAGGAGUUGAUACAGGAGCACCCAGGCGUGCUGGACGUUUGUGUGGUUGGCGUGCCGCACCCUGAGGACGGCAAGCAGGCGGUCGCGUGUGUCCAGACACACCCCGGUUUCACUCUGACAGAGCAAGAUGUUAAAGAUAUCGUUGCUGGUAAGUAUCACUUUAACAAUCAGGCCAGUAAACUAUCCGCCCCCAAGCACAUACACGGCGGCGUCAUUUUCGUGGAAGACUUCCCCAGAACGGUUGCUGGUAAAAUAGCCAGAGGAAAAGUUUACGAUUUUGUCCUUGAAGUCCGAAAAGCAGUUUCGGAGUACCCCUGCUCCGGGAACACGAAGAAGUUAAUUAGCUCCUUCCAGCGGCUUUUUGACACGAACAACCUUAGAAUUGUUUCAACGGGGAGACACUGAUUGUCUUGUAGAU